UCUUUAUCCCGGAUGGCGAUGUAACUAUUGUCGUACGCAGAAAGGAGGAGGUGGUGCGACUAGAUUGAAACAACAUUUGGCUGGGCGCGGGGCAGAGGUGAUCCAUUGCAGGAAUGUGCCACCUGAUGUGCAGGACUUCUUUUAGCGUGAGUUGGAUAGGGCAAAGAAGGCAACUGCUGACCGGGCCCGAGAGAGGUUGAGACGGGAGAAGGCUGCAGCAGAGGGAAACUAUCCCGGUGAUGAAGAAGAUGAGGAGGCUCAGGUGCAGCGUGCCAUGGAUCUAUCGAGAGCGGAAGCAGAGUUCCGACGGGGGGUGGAACAGAGAGGAGGUGCAUAUGAGCGUGGAGGGGUAGUGGUUCGACAAGGGGGAAUGUUAUGCAGAGAAUGUUUCGAAAGUCCACUUCGCAGAGGGAGAGUCCUGUGGUGGAGGACUAUAACUUGGCAGCUGGUGGGAGAAGAGGAAUGACACAAACAAGGAUUGAUACAGGCUCCUGGACGCAGAAGGGUAAGAACGCAAAGGAAGCUAUUGGUAAAGCUUGGUCAAAGUUUUUCCAUAUUGCAGGAGUACCUGGAAGACAGGCUGACAGUCCAUACUUUAUCAGCGCGGUCAGAGAGACACAGAAGUGGGGUGAAGGUAUCGCAUCACCCACUGGACGGGAUAUUGAUGGCAAGUACCUUGAUCAGAAUGAGCAAGACUUGAAGACGAGGUACGUAAAAUUUCAGAAAGACUGGCCCUUAUUUGGCAUCACGUUAAUGUGUGAUUCAUGGACUGGUCCGACGAGGAUGAGUGUCAUCAACUUUUUGAUAUAUUGCAAUGGGGUCAUGUGGUUCCAUAAGUCUAUUGAUGCGACCGGAAGAACUCAAGAUGCUGCAUAUUUGUUCAAGAUAGUCCCUAAACAUGUUUCAUUCGCAUGGUGUAUGUUUUGA